GCACCAAGCUACCACAUCCCCACUGUCUCCACCCGACGUCCAUCAGCCCUCCGAACUUGGCUUCGCAGUGCCCGCCACUGUCUUCUGCGCUCCCGCGCUGCGUUCCGCCCAGGCCUUGCCCAGCUGGAAUGCAGAGAUCGCCGCCCGGCUACGGCGCACAGGACGACCCGCCCUCCCGCCGCGACUGUGCAUGGGCCCCGGGACUCGGGGCCGCUGCUGAGCCGCGCGGCCUCCCUGUCACCAACGUCUCGCCCGCCGAGCCCGCCUCGCCGUCCAGCCUUCCGCGGAGCCCACCGCGCAGCCCCGAGUCAGGGCGCUAUGGCUUCGGCCGCGGAGAGCGCCAAACGGCCGACGAGUUGCGCAUCCGGCGGCCCAUGAACGCUUUCAUGGUGUGGGCGAAGGACGAGCGUAAGCGACUGGCGCAGCAAAACCCGGAUCUGCACAACGCAGUACUGAGCAAGAUGCUAGGCAAAGCGUGGAAAGAGCUGAACACAGCGGAGAAGCGGCCCUUCGUGGAAGAGGCCGAACGGCUGCGUGUACAGCACUUGCGCGACCAUCCCAACUACAAGUACCGUCCUCGCCGCAAAAAACAGGCGCGCAAGGCCCGGAGGCUGGAGCCCGGCCUCUUGCUCCCGGGCCUCGUGCAGCCGUCUGCGCCGCCCGAGCCCUUCCCUGCAGCUUCAGGCGCGGCCCGCUCCUUCCGGGAGCUGCCCACGCUGGGCGCCGAGUUCGAUGGCUUGGGGCUACCCACGCCCGAGCGCUCGCCUCUGGACGGCCUGGAGCCUGGCGAGGCCUCCUUUUUCCCACCGCCUUUGGCGCCCGAGGACUGCGCUGUGCGGGCUUUCCGGGCGCCCUAUGCCCCCGAGCUGGCACGGGACCCGAGCUUCUGCUACGGGGCGCCCCUGGCUGAGGCGCUCAGGACCGCGCCGCCUGCCGCGCCGCUCGCGGGCCUCUACUACGGCACCCUGGGCACGCCAGGCCCAUACCCCAGUCCUCUGUCACCACCACCUGAGGCCGCGCCUCUUGAGGGAACAGAGCAACUGGAGCCUACCGCCGACCUUUGGGCUGAUGUGGACCUCACCGAAUUCGACCAGUAUCUCAACUGCGGCCGGACUCGACCGGAUGCCACUACACUUCCCUACCACAUGGCGCUGGCCAAACUGGGUCCGCGUGCCAUGUCCUGUCCAGAGGAGAGUAGCCUCAUUUCUGCGCUGUCUGACGCCAGCAGCGCAGUCUAUUACAGCGCCUGUAUCUCAGGCUAGGCACUCUCCCUACCCUUCAGCGCUUCAGCAUGUGGCCAAGUGUCAGGACCCUGUCGCUCCCUUCCUUUCGCAGAUGUAUGUUAGACUAUGCAGCAGCCUUUAGAGCUGGUGGCCUAAGGGUGCCGCUCUGCCAUUCAUGUACCUCCUUUUGGGGGCUCCUGUGUGCUGGCCUUCCCUAGGAAGCCCAGGCCCUGGAUGUGCUAGCUGCCUCUGUCAAGGUUAAGAUUUUGAACCAUCUAAUUCUUUUCUGCUAUGUAUUUUCUAGAAUGAGACUGUAUUUUUUACUUUGCUUUUAUAUAUAUACAUAUAUAACACACUAUAUUUAAUUUUUAAUUAAACUUUCUUCUUUCAAAGGGUUUCAGUGAGCACUAGCAUCCAUGCAUAAGGAACAACAGUGUUUCCCAUAAACAUUGACCACAGAGAUUACUUGACUUUUCCGGUUAGCCACACAGCUGCCCUCUACCCUUCCAGUUGGGCUCUCAGAUAUCAUCAGCUCCUAGCCUGGAUUGCAUUUUCCUUCUACAAGCCUAAGCACUGCCAAGGACAGCAUUCUUCACUUGGGCAGAAUUGCAGGGUUGUGCAGAUACAUUACUAGAUCUCAAAAAUAUUUCCUAAGAGGGGCAGCACCAUGCUAUACUUGCUCUGCUCCCCCAGGGGACCUGGCUCAGACAUAAGUUUAGUGACCAAGGCAGUGCUCAAACCGUGUACCUUAAGCCUCCCAGCUCACUAGCCAUGCUUGGGCUCCUUUCAGGAGGACUGGGGGCCUCUUUUCAGACCAUCUCCUUUUCAAAGUCCCUUACUGGACAAGCACAUUCGUCCAGAGAGGGAUGGAACAAUCACCCUGGAGGUGGUCCCUGCACACAUACAUAAAUACUUCAAAUCUAGUAAGUCUUCUUAGUCAGAAGCUCCCACUCUUGGAGGAGAGGCCUGCCCUACCCUGCAUUCCCAUAUAUCCUGCAAUAUCAGCUGAUUCCAAGAUUCACCCACAUGGAGUGUGAAAUGCCUAGCAUGACUAUGAAGCUGUAACCAUAUGGCUUUCAAUGAGGGUGGCCAUUUGUGACUUACCAGCAACAAGCCUGGGGCUAGAUGUUCAUGUGGGUCCAUGCACAGGGAUCCAGCUUCCCAGAAUGUUUAGGGAGGAGUACACAAGAUGUGAGGAUUUCUUAGGAGUAUUUUGCAUCUGAAGCAAGAUGGUAUCAUCUCUACAUUGACCAGUAUGAAUUACAUUACCUCAAAUAAUGGUGUAAGGGGAGCUGCACUUGGGGUCUUAUCCUCUAUAAUUAGCAUACAGUGACAGAGGACAGAGAUACAUAAAAGGGACAAAGACAAGCUCCAAGCAGAGAUAGAAGAGAUAGGCCUGACGAGUCCUGCUGCCUGAAUCCAUGGGAGCAGUCCCCAAGCGUUUAUCUACUUGGAAUGGGGCAUUUUCCCAUCAACCUAUGGACAUACCAAGAAGUACAGGACAGACAGCAGGCAGACCAAAGCAACAUUCCUAGGUCCAAGGCACUUCCCUAGUUCUAGGUUCUAUACUUUUAUUCCUGCAGAGGACCCUCUUCCCUUGGUUAGUAGGGUGGAGGUCCAAAGGGUGCUGGUGUGGUCCCACUGUCUCUGCAGAGAGAAGAUAGAGCAGGAUGUUCCCUAAAUACCCUUUUUCCAUCUGUCGGGAAGAAGGCUAGUAAGGGUCCAGUUUGGAGCAAGUUCAAGUUUACAAGUUUCAAAGGGCAGAAAAAUACCCCAGAGCAAGAUCAGAAAGGGACAUGAGUAGGAUCAUACCACCAAAGACAGCAGUGGAUCAGUGCUGGGCCGGGGGGCGGGGGGGGGAGUUCCUAUCAUCUACUUGAGGAGACCUUUCUCACUCCUCCAAGGAUGAACCCCACCCUCCCAGGUAGAACCACAGACUAAGGCCAUACUCCUAACUCCUCAUCCUAUCUCUCUCUUGCCCAAAAGGUCUAAGCUUCAAUCAUCCACCCUUUUCAGCCCUUGAACAGUCUGUCCCUAGAAUAGCCUGGAUGACAUGUGAAGUAAUCCCCAGAGAAGAGGGUCUGAGAACAGGUAGGGGUCUCCUCAGGAUAUAUAAUCAUCACUUCGAAUAUUCUUGAGGAAACUAGUGGUCACACACCACACAGAGACUCCUGCUCCACAAGGUCAAGAUGCGGCAGGCAGAGGGGUGAGCAUGCCUACUUGAGGUCUCAGCCUCCCCUGUUCCCAACUCAGCUGCACUCUAGAAAACCUAAUACUAGCUUCUGCUCUGCCCAGAAUUUGCUCCAACUUGAACUUGUUCCAAACAGGGUCUCACUUGCUUUCUGCUCUCACACUAAGAGGAAAUGACUAGUUGCCACUAGGAAGCACUCUGCUCUAUCCUACACAAAACCUUCAGUACACAGUUCAGUGGUUUGAGAAUACUCACUCGAGUUGGGAAACAUUACUACCAUGUAACUUCAGAGCUUUUUCAUCACCUCCAUAAAAACCCAUUACUUCUCUGCCCCUAAGAAACAAUAAACUCUUUUCUAUCUUA